AUGGUGUCGCGCAAGGCUGUGGCUACCCUGUUAAUGGUGCAUGUGGUCUCAAUGCUGGCCUCCCAGAUGGAAGCCUUCGUCCCCAUCUUCACCUACAGCGAGCUCCAGAGAAUGCAGGAAAGGGAACGGCACCGUGGGCAUGCAAAAUCCCUGAGUGUUCAGCAGAGGGCGGAGCCGGCAGCUGCUUGGGUACCUGCAGGACCCGCCCUGGAAGAGGAAAGCAGAAGGAACCAGCUGACUGCUCCCGUGGAAAUUGGAUGGAGGAUGAACUCCAGGAAGCUGGAAAAGUACCGGGCCGCCCUUGAAGGGCUGCUGAGUGAGCUGCCACCGCCGCCGCUGUCAGUCCAGCACGGAGCUCUGUGA